CCCGCGGUGAAGAUGGCGCUGUCCAGGGUGUGCUGGGCUCGGGCUGCGCUGUGGGGCUCGGCCGUCGCCCCUGGACCCUUGGUCACCCGGAGGCUGCAGCUGGGUCGCCCUAGCCCCGCGUGGCGAGCCCCUCGGUGAGGGCCCUGGAAAGAGAAGAGCGUUUUUGACGUAGAAAUCCUCGCAGCGGCGCCACCUCCUCUUCUUGGGAUCCCACGCCUUCCUGGCCCCGGGGGUUUGCUCUUCCACGCAGGGUCUCCCCUGCAUGCUUGCUGACCCCCCUGUGCUCCGUGUUGUCUGCUCGUCUUUCGGCUUCCCUCUCCUAUCUCCGUGGCCUUAGCUUGCCUUCUGCUGGCGCCACAGGCGUGGCGCACACUCCAUGCUCAAACCGUUUUAUCACUUGUCAGCAGCUUCUGCCCCUCAGACCAAAAGCUUUGCUUUUCAGAAGUUCCCAGUUGUGGCAGUCAUUCUCAGAAACCUGUAUUUUACACGAGGGACCCUGGCUGCAAAGAGGCUUCUACUAGUUCGCAGACAGUGUCUUUGAUCUUCCUUGUAGGUCUUCGAAGCUUCACCUUUCUCCGAAGGCAGACGUGAAGAACCUGAUUUCUUAUGUGGUGACCAAGACAAGAACGAUCAAUGGAUCAUACCAUCGUUUCUUGGGUCGUCAUUUCCCCCGCUUCUAUGCCUUAUACACAGUCUUCAUGAAAGUUCCGUCGGGAUAUCACCAAGUGUCUUUUCAUAGGCAUCCUUUCCAUUCCGCCCUUUGCCAACUACUUGGUCUUCUUGCUAAUGUACCUGUUUCCUAGGCAACUGCUUGUCAAGCAUUUCUGGACCCCCAAACAACAAGUUGAUUUCUUAGACAUUUAUCAUGGUCUCCGGAAGCAGUCCCACUCAGAAAUCCUCACUCACCUAGGACGGGUCGGCGCUCUUGUUUCUGAUGAGAGGCUUCGGUGGCAUCUGACAGACCUGUGCGCCAAGGUGCAGAACGGCACCCACCCAGCGCCACACGACAUCCUUCCUCUCAAAGGGUGCUUCUCUACCCAUCCCCUGGGCUUGGAUCACCUCCCAGCUCCGCAGAUGAAAGCCCUGAGCAGGGCCGUGCUGCUCACCCCGCAUCUGCCCCCUCCCCUGCUGAGAAGGCGCUUGAAGAGUCACGCUGCUGUCAUUCACCAGCUGGACAGGGCUCUGGCGAAGCUGGGGAUCGGCCAGCUGACUGCUCAGGAAGUGAAGUCGGCUUGCUAUCUUCGUGGCUUGAAUUCCACCCAUAUCACUGACGACAGGUGUCGAAGCUGGCUGGGAGAAUGGCUGCAGAUAUCCUGCAGCCUGAACGAACCUGAGCUGUCGCUCCUGCUGCACAAUGUGGUCCUGCUCUCCACCAGCUACCUUGAGACCAGGCGCUGAGUGAAGCGGGAGCGUGACGCCGAGCAGCCGAGCAAUCGCGCGGUGCCGCAGUGUGGGACCAAAAAGCGCUCAGCAGACUCUGUGCACGCUUAGCGUGGAGGCGAGGAGCAGGGUCACGGGCUUCGGAGCACGCCGCCUACCUGGGAGCUGGACAUCCCUUCACAGCUUGAGCCUAACCAACCCGAGUGCGACCCCCGUGCUAACCUGCAGCUGGCCAGCACCUCUGGCCUAGACUUUUGUCCUGAUGUCACAUUUAGAUCCUAUAAGGUCAGGUUUUGCCACAUGGGAAUCAUGUGGCCACAAGGCCAUGGUGCCAUGGCUUGUUUUGUUUUUAAAUUUUUUUUUUUUUUCUGAGGUGAGUCUGUGCUAGCCAGGUGGGCUCAAAUCCCUGUGCUCAAGGGCUCUUCCCACCUCAGGCUUCUGGGUUCUGGGGCUCUCCCUGCUGUGCUCUUUAUAGCAGUGAGGGGUUUGGCAAGUGACUUUCUGAGACCCUGUGUCUCGGGUAGCUGAGGAUGACCUUGAUGGCCUGGUCUUCCGGCUUCCACCUCCAGGGUGUCUUCUAGAGCUGAAGCAGUGUCUUGGGGAACUGGGAACUGGCAAGAGCUCUGCUACAUAGGUGAGCGCUCUCCCUAAGGUUUUUCGCCAGAGAAUUUCUGGUGCCAAGAACAGAGCUGCCUGGAGCAGGGCAGAUGGGAGCACUAACCCCUGUGCUUGCACCUUGAUGCCCACCCGUUCCUCUUACACCCCUCUCUUUUCCUUUUUUUUCAAUUUUUGUUUGGCUUUUUUCUUUUGGAGAUAAGUCACCAUGCAGCCCAGGCUGGCCUUCAGUUCCUGGCGAUCCUGACAGUUGUGGGGCUGGGAUUCGGGCAUGAGGUACUAUGCCUGGCCCAUCCUUUCUGAUGUGACCAAAAGCAGGGAUGCUUUUCUUGCUCACUAGCAUGGGCUGUGCACCCCUUCCUCUUCGUACUCUGAACACUUAAUUUAUGGGAACACUGUAAAGGAGCAGGUAGAAGGCAGCUGCUCGGGCCCCCCUGUGUUCAUCCCAGUGUCUUAAUUCUCAGGCUGUCACACAGCCCCUAAGGACCUUACAUGUUUGCUACCUCCACUGUGUUGCACUAAGCCAUCUGUAACCAGCAGUGGCUGCCUGUCUUCAGGCCACAGGUCAAAAACGCAUAAGGUACUAAUUACUGCCUUGGGGGGUGGGGGCUCGGCUCAGGGUAGUAAGCUGGGUUUAACUGUGUGUACAUACAGCCGUGCCCUGUAGCUCUGUAAUAGCUAUAAAUGCAUGAAGCACUGUUCUCAAACUAAGUAAAGACUGCCUGAAACCAGGUUUUUGGAAUUA